AUUAAAGCAAUAACGGAGGAAAAGGAAAGAAAAUUUACUUUGCUAAAUAAUUGAUAGCAUUAAUAAAAAGAAAAGAAAACAAUUGCAACAAUUUAUUAUUAAUGAAAAGUUAAAGUAAAAGCAAAAGUAUUUUCAAUGUCAUUUAACAAUGAACAAACAGCAACAAGUUGUAACGAAAUGUAAAAUGAAAAAACAAAAUAUUACAAAUACGUGAGGUGAAACUUAAUUAAAGCAAAAAAGUGAAAACAUACGAUUUCGAAAUAUCCAAUGAAUUGUAUUUUAUAGUCGAAAAAGAUUAAACAACAAAAUGUUUGUUUUUGUGUACUGAAUAACAUACGAAAAGUUUUGUCAAAUCUCUAAUUCUUAACGUGUCAAUUAAUCGUAACCAAAAUGUUUGUAUACAGUGUGCAACGUUUCCAAGAAAAAAACCAAAAACCCAAAAUGUUGUAUUUGUUACUAAUUUAUCAAACUUUGGUAAUAACAUGUGUCAAUUCAGAAAAUCUAAUUAAAACAAAUACACCGGAUAUGUCAUUAAUAGGAGCUGGAGCAGCGGAGGCUGAACAAAAUACGAAUCUAUAUAUCAAUAGCAACAAUAAUAACAUAUCUAAUAAUAGCAACAGCAACAAUAAUAUUAUGUGUGGCAAUACGCAAAAAAUGGCAGACAAUUGUUUUAGGGAUCUGCCGCCACAUCUAAUGGAAUUUUUACAAACUUCGAAAAUAGCCAUCAAUGAACAGGACAUUGUAUCGAAAUGCAAUGUUUUUCGACGUGGCAUGAAGUGCUUCGAUGACUAUACCUCACGUUGUAUUCCCUCGAAUAAUAUCAAUAUUUUGAACAAUAAUGUGGAAGGAGCUAAAAAAUUCUUUACAAAGUUUUGUGAAGAUAAAACCUUUCAACAAGAUUAUUUAAGUCACAAGGAAUGUUUUUCUUACAUACAAGAGGAUUGGAUGCAUUGUACGAAAAAUUUUCAAAAUAUUUUGUCUGAAGGUUUACACUCGGAUAAAAAUAUAACGGAAAAGUUUUUGGAAUUUUGUUGUGCACGUUACGCUUAUGAGACCUGCAUCUAUAAUAGUGCUCGCUAUAAAUGCUAUCAGAAUUCGGCCGCAUUCGCACGUGCCACAGCACAAAUGUUGUCGGAUGAAAAACAUUUCAGCAAUUGUCGACAAUUCGAAGUAUCAACGUGUGGCAGUACACCUGUCAUAGUUCAACUGCAACUACAUUGCCAUUGGACAUUAUGGUUGGCCAUAACGUUGCUCUUUAUGAUAAAAAAUUACCAGUUGAUGUCAUAAAGGAACUAAACUUGUAGGUUGUAAAAUGAUAGGAUAGAAGGAUGCAUUGAUAAAUUGAUAGAUUGAUUCAAUUCAAUUGAGUUUGUUAUGUGGUCAUACAAUAAUAACAACAGAAGCAGUAACAAAGAUAUUAAAUGUACUUACAAUGGAAACGUAAUGAAAAUCAUUGUCAUUUCUUUGAAAAAAAGAAAAAAAAAACUGAAGCAAAAAUAUCAGAAACUAAAUAGUGAUUGCAUUUGUGUGCGUGUGUGAGUUUAUGAGAAGAGUGUGU